UGGAAUAACUGCUAUCCCUUUGGCGGCCAUAUAUACUGUAAGCUGAUUGGUGUAACAAUAUCACCUGGUUCACACAGUUUGUCUCCGUUAAUAUUUACAAAAUAUGUACACAACACGAGUUUGGAAUACAAAAAAGAAACAAACAAUAAAUAAAUAAAGCCACCUUUUCCUCUGCUGUGUAAUUUGCCGAUGGUAAGUAUAAGAGUGAGUCACAGGUAUCGGUGCUCACGUAAAUGAGCAAACAAAAGUUCAAUUUUUCAGGCAGGUAAAAACAAACAAAUAUAUGAACAUAAAAUAAACAAAAAAUAAAACAACGCCCACCGUUGUUUAAAUCUAAUAUUUGUCUGUUUAUUUUAUUGUAGUGUGGGAGGAAGGACUGCAGAGUGGCGCAGCCUCUCAGUUCAGCCUGACCUGCGCAGACCGCCCUCUCUCUCUGUCUGUCUGUCUAACUGAGUGACUGCCACACACUCAGUCAGACUUGUUGAAAAACUUUGGCCAAACUUUCUCAGCCUCCUGCGCUCGCCGUUUGCGCUGACUAUGCGCACUGACUGCGCAACCUCUUGCGUGGAAAAAGUUGCAGGAAGCGCAGGAGAGUUGACGAUGGCGUCGUUAGCGGACGCAGACGCCGGUCAUGGUGUUUGUCAGAUGGGCUGUGGGCUCCUGCUGUCCGCUGACGACUCCUGUGAGAAGGAGCAGCACUGCUGCGUGGACGCCCUCCGCACCGUAGCGGACAGGCUGGAGGAAAGGAGCGCAACUCUGGAGCAUGAAGCCCGCAUGGCGAGGCUCAGGUGGAACAGGAGGGAGCAGUUCUUACUGGCCCAGGUGUCUGCUCUGCAGAACGAGGCUCAGCUGGCUGCUCUCAGGUACCAGCGGAGGCUGCACCAGUAUUUACUGCACAUCAACAGCAUCGCAGAACAGGUCGUCGGCUACUGCAAGGGUGAUUUACAGACAUCUGCGGACGAGAACUCACCAGAAACGACUUCAGGUCAAGGAGACACAGUGGAGGAGCAGCUCUCAGGACCUGAGGUGAGGGAAACACUGUCCACACAACUCCAAGCUCUUUUGUUGAUACCAAGAAUGAUUUAUUUUUCAAAGAAAACAUGGCAUUACAUUAAAGUGUGGUAGGUUAUCUGAAUAAUAACAAAAAGGUAGUAGCCUCAGGUGUUGCUUACAGGAACGCUCUUGGAGCUAAAAAACUGUACCUAAACUCCUGUUUAAUUCUGGUUGUAAAAGGUACAUGGUUCCUACUGUUAUGACACUUUGAUGAGUAUCUGGUGUGUGUGUGUAUGUGUGUAUACACUGGGAGUUCUCCAUGGAUGUUGUUCAGUGACCUUCUUGCUGUGAGGCAACAGCAAGAACCACUGUACAUAUUCCAUCUGAAGUCUUCUUUUCAUCAUCUUCUCCAUCUCAGUCCUGUCCACAGCAGCAGAGCCAGACCAAAGUAGACGAUUGACAAAGAUUUGUUGUUUUCUAGAUCAGCAGGUCAUUGCGGGGCAAACUACAGACAAACAACUACUUACAUUAACAGUAAGACUUGAAUUGUUGUGAUGUGUUGUUGUUGUGUAAAUGUAUAAUUGCUGCUCAGAACUAUGUGAACCUGGUUUUGUGCUGCUCCAGACUUUGUUUUUUUUUGCUCUUACAGGAAACAUUUGUUAAACGUCCCACUGUCCUCACCACAUGUAAUAAUAUCACUUACAGUAAGUCCGUCAGGUCACAAGGUUUGUUUUAAUAACUCUGAGACCAGUGACUUGGUGUCAUGUUGGGUUGCUGAUGAGUGUGGAUAAGUUUAAUUGUGGUAAUGGUCGUAUGAAAUAUAUCUGUAAUUUCCUGCAGCCGACUGAGAGAGGAACAGACUUAGGUUUGAUUAAUGAGGAAAACAGUUCACUUACUGUUGCCAGUGUUGGCCGGUGAUACAGCAUCUAUUUUCAGUUCUUUUUUUUUUCUCUUCGCUAAGAAAACUCCCCUAAUGCCUCUUUAAUGGUUUAUUCAGUCUGUUUUCUCAUCUUUUGCUUUCCAAAUGAAUUUUCCAAUGCUCAGGAGAGCUGACUUGCACUUUAUCAAAGUUUUGCUUUGAGAUGGAAAUUUGCUCUAUUAAAGAAGUGCUGUGUUCAGUGUUGGGUGCACAGCAGACGUCUCGGUAGCAGCUAAAUGGAUCGUCACAAUAGUAGUGUCUCUGUGUGGUUAGACAGGGAACCUGAUUGACCUUGAACCCCUCCCCUCACUGACUCACAGUCAUGUUGGUUUACGUUGUUAUAACUUUACACUUUAUGGAAUAUGUUUGUAACCCCUGAGAAAACAAGUUUAGCUUAAAACAUAAGGAGACGACUAUUUGGGAACAUCCAUCCAUCAUUAUCCAUCCAUUCAUCCAUCAU